AUGUCAUACGCCCAACUCCCCCACUGUGGCUGCUGGUUCAUACGCCAAGAUCCCUCUAUAGAUGUCCAGAAAGUUCAUCUCCCCCAAGUUGACCUGAAGAUCCAUGCCACCCUCUUAGGAACUACCUCGCGCACUGUUCUCUCUCAGACCUUCGAAAACUCCGAGCCCACGGUUAUCGAAAAUGCGGCAUACUCCUUCCCGCUGUUCGACGGCGUCAGUGUGGUCUCGUUUCAGUGCGACUUUGCUGGCCGCUCCAUCCAUGGUCUUGUGAAGGAGCGGGAUGAAGCCCGUACUGAGUACGACGCUGCUGUCGAGAAGGGCGAAAGCGCUGGUCUUCUGGAACAGUCGACCGCCGCAGGGGACACGUUCACCACCUCCAUCGGCAACAUCCCACCGAAAUCCACCGUCGUCGUCCAUAUCACCUAUAUCGGCGAGCUCCAGCAUGACGCCCAGGCCAAUGGCGUCCGCUUCACCAUUCCCACUUCAAUAUGCCCGCGCUACGGCGGUGGGUCCAAGGACGUGCCCGAUCUUGGGAACGUUCCCGAUACAGUCUCCGAGCUCCUGCGCACCGAACGUAAAGCUCAUGUUCCCAGCAGCCAAAGUUCCCGACGGACCGGUGCCAUUGAUAUCACCGUUGAUGUCAUGGUAGCCGAUUCAUCCGUUAUCCAGCGCCUUCACUCGCCAUCCCACCCCAUAGAUGUCCUGCUAGGCCGGAUAUCCACCGACUCAGAAGAUGACCAUCGCGCCUCCAGGGCAUCCGCUACCAAGGCGUUACGGUCACAGGGCAAGAGUAUCGCCUUGGAAAAAGAUUUCGUGUUGAUUGUUAAUGCAAAGGACCAGCACCUUCCGUAUGCCUUUUUGGAAACUCAUCCGACACUUCCACAUCAAAAAGCUCUCAUGACCUCCAUCGUGCCAAGAUUUGAACUUCCUCCUUCCGCUCCAGAAAUUGUAUUCAUCAUUGACCGAAGUGGAAGCAUGUAUGACAAAAUCGCCACCCUCAAAACCGCGCUAAAAGUCUUUCUGAAAUCCUUGCCUGUGGGCAUUAAGUUUAAUAUUUGCUCCUUUGGCUCCGAGUUUUCUUUCUUAUGGAAAAAAAGCAAGUCCUACGAUAAAGCUAGUCUCGAUGCAGCUUUGGCCUUUACCGAUACUAUUGAUAGUGAUUUCGGGGGCACUGAAAUGUUGGCGCCGUUCAAGGCGACUGUCGAAAACCGUUUCCCAGACCUAGAUCUCGAAGUUCUGGUGUUAACAGAUGGUGAGAUAUGGGAGCAAGAAGAGUUAUUCGCGUAUAUAAACAAAAUUGUACCGAAUAAUCCAAUCCGAUUUUUUAGUUUGGGGAUCGGUGACACUUUUUCUCAUUCUCUUAUCCAGGGUAUUGCGCGCGCGGGAAAUGGCUUUUCGCAAUCUGUCACUGAAAAUGAGGAGCUAGAUAAGAAGGUUGUGCGCAUGCUAAAAGGUGCAUUAACGCCGCAUAUCGACUACACCCUGGAGGUGGAAUAUGAAACAGACGUUGGCUCUUCAGCCGAGGAUGACGACUUCGAGAUUGUUGAGGAACCUAGUUCUGACCAGUCUAAAACAAUGAAUAUUGAGAAGGAGGAAAGUCAAGCACAGACGAUCUCCCUUUUUGACGAGACAAUUCCAGAGACAGACACUAAAACGCCGGUACCUCUGCCAACCAUACCAGAACCUGCAAUCAUUCAAGCACCUUAUAAGCUUCCAUCCCUCUUUCCCUUCAAUCGAACUACUGUCUACCUCCUGUUCUCACCAAUGGUCAAAGAAAAGAAACCAAAAUUCGUUCUGCUCAAAGGAUCAUCAAAGCACGGUCCUCUGUCCCUUAAAAUUCCGGUAGAGCAUACUGGGGAGGGCACAACCAUUCAUCAACUCACAGCCCGGAAGAUCACCGCAGAAUUGGAGGAGGGCCGUGGCUGGAUUUUCAAUGCAAAAAAUGAAAAAGGCGUCUUGUUCAUUGACGAACAUCAAAGCAAGAAAAAUGACUUUGCCAAACGUGAAGCUGUCCGCCUUGGAGUUAAAUAUCAAAUUGUUGGCAAGUGGUGCUCGUUUGUUGCAGUUGACAGCUCGCAGCAUGAGCUAGUGAACCUGGCGGGAAAAUAUGCCCACAUUGGAAAGAUGGAAGGCCAACACAGCGGUGUCUUGAUGUUUCGAAGCGGCGCGCCAAUAACUCAACGCGGUGCGUCAGUAGCUGGAAGGGGCGGGCCAGUGCCUCGUUGCAGGCGUGGUGGCGGGGGGCCAAUGGCUUAUAGCAGGGGGCAAGUGAAUCUUGGUGGGGGGUCAAGGGGUAGCGAAUGCGCAUCAUUUACGGCAAUGAGUCUUGAUUUCAAUGACCAAGAGGAACUGGUAGCUUUUGCCCCCGCGAGCGAAGCCGCCGCAGUUUCUAGGCCAAAUGUCGAGUCUAAAGAAAGAACUUUCCACCAACUCAUUUUGUCUCAAACCUUCGAAGGAUCAUGGGAAUGGGAUAAUGAAGUAUUCCAGAUUCUUGGAGUGGACGCCGGGUUUUUAGAGGAUGGCAUUGAUUGGGCCAAUGUACUUGGAAUUGAACCGGGUGACGUUAACAAAGCAGACAACAACCUACGGCGGAUCAUCGUGACUCUGGCGGCCGUUUCGUUCCUAAACACAAAAUGCCAAGAGAAUAAGGAUACCUGGGAGCUAGUAACGGCGAAAGCUUUGGGCUGGGCAAACGGAAUGGUGUCAAAAUUGGGCGGCCGGUCCGCGCUCUCAGAGCAGCACGUCGCGGGUCUCUUUCAGUGGAAAAAAUAG